CCUUAAUCAAAUCGUUUCCUUUUAAGACCUGCGAGCCAUACAACUACACAACAAUCAUGAACCACCUUUUCCACCUCAAACAACAAGACAGGAUCGGAUGGAUCGGCCUCGGCGAGAUGGGCUACAGCAUGGCCAACAACCUUCACCGUUACCUGGCCUCGCUUCACCUGAACAUGACUGUCUGGAAUCGCGACCCAGCAAAGAGUGCAAAGCUUCACCAUCAUGGCGCCCAUGUUGCUAAAUCGAUCGAGGACCUGGUUGCCCAGAGCAAUAUCAUUUUCACCUCUUUGGCGGACGAUGCCGCAGUGGAAGAGAUCUACACACAACUCAUUGAUUUGGCAGGCCAGGUUGACCAUUCGAUCAUUUUCGUGGAGACAUCGACCAUCUACCCGGCUCUGGCAACAAAGCUGUACAAGCAACUCUCGGUCUAUCCUCAACAUACAUACCUCCAGUGCCCUGUCUUUGGUCGACCGCCCGUCGCUAAGGCCGCCAAGCUGAUUUGGGUCACAAGCGGGGACGAGAAGGCUAUCAAGAAGAUGUGUCUCUACUUCACGACCAUGUCCAAGAGCAUCAUCCAUCUCAAGACAACGGACGUCGCCAAGGCCUGCAAUUUCAAGCUGCUCGGGAACUUUUUCUUUGUCGGAACCAUGGAACUCUUGGCUGAGGGUUUGACCCUGGCGGAGAAAGCCGAUGUCGAUCAAGAGUCCGUCCUCAAGUUCAUCGAAGCCCUCUUCCCGGCGCCUACCUGGCUCGAAUACAGUCGUAAGAUGGCUAAUGGAGACGUAUCCCAUACGGAGGCCGGGUUCUCGGUCGAUUUGGGGCUGAAGGAUGUUGGUCACAUGCAGAAGCUAGCGCUAGAUUCGGGUGCGUCGCUGCCGACAGCGGAUUUGGCCUACAGACACUUGAAGAUGGUGCAGGACCAGGGACUUGGUGGUCAAGAUUGGAGUAGUUUGAUCAACUCGCUGAGGUCUGCGUCCGCCUUGCCAGAGAUUUUACCGCAGUACCCGAACGAGAAGGAGGUCUUUGAGGGCGAAGAAGGCGUACAGUCCAAUAAGGUGGGUGCACGCGAGGUGUAAGCAAAGCAAUCGAGUCAACAGAUUGCCCGCUUUUUUCAUUUCUCCGGACGAUGAACGACGCGUGAUGGACGCGAUAUUUUAUAAAUAUGCAGGGAUUCGAGAGCCCAAUACUCCCCCUUCUCCCACACCUUCACCUUCUUUGGAUGUUUUCAGCUGUAGUGUUUUGUGAUUUCUUCUCCACUAAUGCUUCUCCACAAUUACC